CUAAUCAGUGUUUGCCUUGCGUAACAGUUCCAUGUACCAGAGUAUAUAAGGCAACAGACUGAGGCGGCAACAUGUGACUAGCUUGCAAGAUGGCAACUGGAAGGGACGCGUUGCUGCUGUGCUUGAUUCUCACCAUCCAGGUCACAGCGCUUGUAGCUACUGAACAAAAAGUAGAGCAACCAGAAGUGGUGACCAAAUAUGGGACAGUCCGAGGGUACCAAUUCAAAGUAGACGCAGCUGAGAAGAGUGUGAACAUCUUUUUGGGAGUUCCUUUUGCUAAGCCCCCAGUUGGAGCACUGAGGUUUUCGGAACCCCAGCCACCUGAGCCAUGGAAAGGUGUCAGAGAUGCCACGUCCUACCCACCAAUGUGUCUACAGGAUGAAAAAGGACAAUUUUUUUCGGACCAUAUUACUAAUAGAAAAGAAAAAGUUAUUCUGCAAGUGUCUGAAGAUUGCCUAUACCUAAAUGUGUAUACACCCGUUUCUACAGGAAAACAGGAAAAGCUGCCUGUCUUUGUAUGGAUCCAUGGUGGUGGAUUAACUUUUGGAGCAGCUUCAUCAUAUGAUGGUUCAGCAUUAGCAGCCUUUGACAGCGUGGUAGUUGUAACAAUUCAGUACAGAUUAGGUAUUCUUGGAUAUUUUAGCACUGGAGAUAAGCAUGCCCGAGGUAACUGGGGCUAUUUAGAUCAAGUAGCAGCUCUUCAGUGGAUUCAGGAAAAUAUCAUGCAUUUUGGAGGAGAUCCAGGAUCCGUCACUAUCGCUGGAGAAUCUGCAGGAGGAAUCAGCGUUUCUGCUCUUAUCUUAUCUCCCCUGGCAAAGGGCUUGUUCCAUAAGGCCAUUUCAGAGAGUGGUACUGCAGCCACAGCUUUCUUCACUGACCAUCCUGAGGAGAAAGCACAAAGCAUUGCUACUGCCUCUGGCUGUGAAAAACCCAGUUCAGCUGCCAUAGUUGAAUGCUUAAGAGAAAAAACAGAAGAAGAGAUAGUACAGGCAAUGCUAAAACUGCCUCCCAUGUUCAUCAGUGCGUGUAGAGAUGGGGUGUUUUUUCCAAAGAGUCCCGAGCAAUUACUGUCUGAAAAAGAGAUCAAUGCAGUCCCAUAUAUAAUAGGAGUAAAUAACUGUGAAUUUGGAUAUAUAAUUCCUAGGAUUAUGAACUUCCCUGCUUACACAGAUGGUCUGGAUGAAGAUGCUGCACGUCAAGUUUUACAGACCUUCUUAGCAUUAUCAUCUAAGGAUGUUACUUCUGAAUUUGUUGAUCGGAUAUACCAUGAAUACACAGGGAAUGCAAAAAACCCUGCUGAAGUACGAGAUGGCCUUCUUGAUGCAUUAGGAGAUUCUUUUUUUCUUCUUUCAUCCAUUGAAGUGGCUAGAUACCAUAGAGAUGCUGGCAACCCAGUCUACUUCUAUGAGUUUCAACAUCGACCAAGUUCAGGGGCAGGUGUUAUUCCAGAGUUUGUAAAAGCAGAUCAUUCAGAUGAGAUUGCCUUUGUCUUUGGAAAGCCAUUCUUAGCUGGGCAUGCUACAGAAGAAGAAGAAAAACUUAGCAGAACUGUUAUGAGAUACUGGACUAACUUUGCUAGAAAUGGAAAUCCCAAUGGAGAAGGCUUGGUCCAUUGGCCUCAGUACAAUCUGGAUGAAGGAUACCUGGAAAUAGACCUCACACAAAAGGCAGCAAAGAAAUUGAAAGAACACAGAGUGGAUUUUUGGAUACAGCUCACAAAAGAAACGAUGAAUGAAAGGAGAGAACACACAGAUUUGUAAGAGUUGUGGAGGGUACAGUUUGCUUUCAAAAUCUGAAGUAAAGUCUAACAAACUUAUUUUGUCAGGAUGUAGAAUUUAAUAAUCACCUUCUAACUCACUAUUAUGUAAUCUGUUGUCAUGAUCACAGGGAAAUGAGAGAAUCAAGGGAAACGUGGAAUGUCCGGAGAAGGACAACAAAGUUGGUGAAGGGUCUGGAGCACAAGUGUGAUGAGGAACGACUGAGGGACCUGGGGGUUUAGUCUGGAGAGGAGAAGUCUCGGGGGGGACCUUAUCGCUCUCUACAAUUACCUGAAAGGAGUCUGUACUGAGGUGGGGGUCGGUCUCUUCUCCCAAGUAAGAAUCGAUAGGAUAAGAGGUAACGGCCUCAAGCUGCACCAGGGGAGGUUUUGAUUGGAUAUGAGGAACAAUUUCUUCACAGAGAUGGUGUUCAGGCAUUGGAACAGGCUGUCCAGGGCAGUGGUGUCACUAGUGGUAUCACUGUCCCUGGAAGUGUUGAAAAACUGUACAGAUGAGGCCCUCAGUGAUAUGGUUUAGUGGUGGUCUUGGCAGUCCUGGAGUAGUGGUUGGACUUGAUCUUAAAGGUAUCUUCCAACCUAAUUGAUUCUGUGAUUCCAAUACGAUACAGAACAAGAAAGACCAUACAACAGAGCACUAAAAACCUUACCUGCAUGCUCAGAGACAUGUGUUCCUGGUGUUAUAUGAACAUCCAGCUUAAAAAGCAUCAUGAAAGAAAAAGUCAACAAAACACUGGAAGGUCAAGCUCAAACUGUUUAAUAAUAAAAAUUAGACAAUAAGUAGAAGAGAGGAAAAAGGGAUAUUCUUGCCAAUGUAUGAUAUUGCCGUAUGUUAUAUAGCAGAAUAAAGUCUAAAGUAACAGAAUAUUCUGCAUUCCCAUCUGCUUAAGCCUGUUUCAGACAAGGGGGUGAGGCAUCAAACUCUUCCUCCGGUGCUGCAGAGCGCUGUGUGUACCCUCCCUCCUGCUUGCCCUUGAUAUGACUGCCACAGAACUCCUUGAUAUGACUGCCACAGAACUCUAAUUCUGCAUCAGUAUUUUAGUCCACUGCCCUCUCUGGUUCCUGGAGUGUUCCCUCACCCGCAGUAUGAAAAUAGCUCUAGUUAUUUUUCACUGUAAGUUAGCUUGUUUUUUGCCUUUUAUUGUUUCCUUCUUAAACACAAUUCCAAGUGCUGAUCAUUCAAAGGAUACCAAGCUGAAUAAGCAGAUUAAGACUGCUGCAGAAUUAGCUUUCUGUAGAAGCCCUGUGCAAACUGGGUGCCUCAUUUCUGAAACGAGGGUUUGCAUUUGUUUCCGUCCUAUUCCGCUGUAUGACUUUAGACGUCAUACUUGGAUCACCACUGCCUCAGUUUCCUCAGCUGCUCAACACUGACUAGACUGGACCACAGGCUUUGGUUUACAGUGUUCACAAGCUUAAACAGCAUCUGAGACCCUCCAAGAGAAAAUGCCACUGAAAUAUAAAGCAUUACCAUCAAACAGGUGAGCACAAUCUACUUUUCUAAGAAUGUAUUACUCUGCAGGUAACUGGCAAUGAUGAAGGUAACAUCGCAUGUGAGCAGGCACCAACAUACCCAGUAGGGUUUCUUCAUCAGGUUGUUAAUUUUCCAUGUGGGCCAUGAUUAGAAACAUAUGUUACAAAAGUUCAAAUUAAUUCUGGAAUUCUAUUCUUAAUUAUUUUUUUAUUAUCAAUUUCUGCCAAAUACAGUAGAUGAGUAAAGGACACAUUUCUCAGACCAGAAUCUUAGGUCAUGUAUUAAGUCUCAAUAGCUUUAAGCAAAACUUCUCAUUGAGCUGUCAAAUUUUGCCAGGAAAUGGUACAGAAAAUAGCUGUACCAUGCUUACUGAAAACUAUGAAUUAUUCUCUCCUAUAUUGUGGCAAGCAACUGAAAAAAAAGACACCCCAGCAAAAGAACCUACCUCAAAGAUUCUGUAUUUCCUGCCACAAGUAAUGAGUAAUUAAAAAUAAAUCAUACUUUUAUACAGGUCUAGAGAAUCCUCCAUAUUUGGCUAAUCCAAGGUAAUAUAGUAAAAGCCACUGAGAUUAUUCAGAAGUGUUUACACUUAUCGCUAAAAUGUGAUGCUACUUUGCACACAUGAACUUACACAAUUUUUGACAUCUGAAACUAAAACUACAUUAGCAGUCCAAAACAGUCAUAUGAAUGUAAAGAUUUUAACUGCCGGUUAGCUUUGUGUGCUUGUGUCCAGAGUUCAGCUGUAGCAGUUAUUUUUCUCCUUGUUAGCAGCUGGUGCAGCUGUUUUCAACUUCAGUCUUCUCUUCAGAGAACAGUGCUGAUAUAACACCAAUGUUUUUAGUUGUUGCUAAGUAAUGUUUACCCUGAUCAAGGACUUUUCAGUCUCCAGCUCUGCCAAUGAGGAGGGGCACGGGAAGCCACGAGGAAGCAGAGACAGGACCCCUGACUCAAACUGGCCAAAGGGGUAUUCCAUACCACAGCACAUCAUGCCCAGCGUAGAAACUCGGGGGAGUUACCCGGAAGGCCCAGAUCACUGCUCGGGUCGGGCUGAGUAUCAGUCGGCGGGUGGUGAGCAAUUGUAUUGCGCAUCACUUGUGUUUAUUGUUUUCUUUUCCUUUUCCCCUUUUAGUUUUAUAUUCUCUCCCCUUGUUAUUUCCCUUACCAUCAUUAUAACUGGUGGUAGCAAUAGUGGUUUUGUAUUAUACCUUAGUUACUGGACUGUUCUUAUCUCAACCCGUGGGAGUUACAUUCUUUUGAUUCUCCUCCCCAUCCCUCCGAGAGCCGGGGGGAAGAAGGGGAGGAGUGAGCAAGUGGUUGCGUGGUUCCGAGUUACCAGCUGGGCUUAAACCACAACAACUUGUAAAGUCCAGUGUGCAAAAUCGACUUCCAAAAUGCAGUUUAUAAGUAAUUUUGGAUAGUGAGAAACUGGAUAAACCAGGUUGAAACUAAUCUUUUUAAAGAAAAAGACUACCUAUGCAAUGACUAAUAAAAUUUAAAAAUCAA